UUCGAGUUAAUGUAGCGCAUGUUUUGAAAUCUUGAAAAAUUUACUUUAUCAAUUGCGAAAAGCCGUCGGGUAAGUAGGGACGAGCUGAUGUAGCGGCACGAUUCCGAUUACUUUGGCGGAGGGGUACAAAAACCGAAUUUCCGUACAAAUAGGGUAUGUGCGGAUAGAAGAGUUUCUCCAGAGGAGGAAUAUCCAAAAAUAACCACAAUUCCUAUAUAUUCCGAAAUAUAUAGGGUUAUAGGGUCCGCAAGCGCUUAGUUUACGAGAUAUUCGACUUCAAAGUUCAAAAAUUUCCAAAAUUCGAACAUUUCAACAAGCUAUUUCCCCACAUUAAACACACUUUUCGGACAUUUUUUACUUCAAAUUAAUUAAAUUGAACUAUAAACAUUUAAAUACUUCCACAUUUUUCACCUCUUGCAGGUUUUUUACCUAAGAAGUCUUUAUUUUAAAAAUUACUUUUUACACUCGUAGUGAGUAUCAUUUAUGUGCUAACUAAUUAUGAGGAAAUGGAGCGCUGCCAUAUGAUAAUAAGCAAAUAUGAGCAAUUCGAUGAAUUUCUCUAUUUUGAUAUAAUUCCUCUUUCUUUAUUUAGCAAUCUUAGUUCUAAUAAAAACAAGUGGGUAUAUAAAUUAUAUUUCAAAUUAAAAUGAGUAUAAACAAUCUUUCCAUGCAUAUGGAUUUUUUCUUAUUCAAAUUUAAUAAACAACUAGGUAAUAUUAUAUAAUAAUAUUACGUAUUAAAAUAAUAAAAUGCUUAGGUUACCCCGGGUAUUGGCUCGAUCAGGAUUAUCUUUUUAAAGGAGUACUACGCGAAAGUACUUCAGUCACCCUGGGUAUGGGCUCGGCCAGGGUAAUUUUUUAGAGCGCGGCCAAAGGUCGCCAACGCAGAAAGGAGUAUUACACGAAAGUACUUCUGUCAACCCGGGUAUUCACUCGAGUAUUACACGAAAGUACUUCUGUCAACCCGGGUAUUCACUCGACCAGGGUUAUUUUUUUAGAGCGCCGCCGAAGGCCGCCCACACAAAAAGGAGAAUUACAGGAAAGUACUUCGGUCAACCCGGGUAUUCGCUCGUCCAGGGGUUAUUUUUUUAAAGCGCGGCCGAAGGCCGCCAACGCAGAAAGAAGUACUACACGAAAGUACUUCGGUCACCCCUAUUAUUCGCUCGGCUACUUUUUUUUUUUGAAAGCGCGGCCGAAGGCCGCCAACUCAGAAAGGAGUACUACACGAAAGUACUUCAGUCACCGCGAUAUGAUAUAAAUUUUACAAUAUUAUCAUAGAUUUUUACUUAUUUGCUUUAUUGAACAUAGAUCGCAUAUUAUGCAUAUACAUAUUGUUACAAAAGUAGUAUUAAGUUUGGUAUUUGCAUUGCUGUAUGCAUCCCUUAUUAUAAACAGUGGGCGCCGCGUUUGUGUAGUUAAACAAUAGUUUCAUUUGGCGCCGCAGCUGUCUGCUUGUCUACUUAAAGAAUAGCUGCAUUUGGCGCCGCGGCUGUCUGCUUGUCUAAACAGUAGUUGCAUUUGUGCCGCGGCUGUCUGCUUGCCUAACAAUAGCUGCAUUUGGUGCCGCGGCUAUCUGCUUGUCUAAACAAUAGCUGCAUUUGGCGCCGUAUAGCAUUAUGUUCUUAUAAUUGCCAGACGCAAUAUUCUAGAAGGACACUUCGGCAUCAGCGAGAAGUGCGUGGCUAUAUAAGCCGUGGCAGCACCAACGUAACCAUCCAGUGCUAAGAGUAUACUGUUAUAGUGAAGACAAAUUGCGAAAUAAGGAGUUGUUGAAUUGAAUUAAACAGUUUUUGGUUUUAUUUGUCAAUCCAGAGAUACGAACCUAGCAAAGUAAACUAGCAAGCAGUAAAAUCACAACAAUAUGUAUAUGGUAAAAGUAUUCACAACUCCAUAUUAUAACUUGAAAAAUGUUGGAAAGUAUUUUUUAUUAUAAUUAAUGUAGAAAAAAGAAUCACGCAAAGAAACAAACAAAGAAAUAUCGUUAAGAAUCCUACAAAUUUGAUGUUUAAGAUGUGGCAACGCUUGUUUUUCUCAUAAUUGUAAACAAUCUAACCUUUGCAACAUAACCAAACAUACAUAUGUAUAGGUAUAAUAUGCGAUUUAUAUUCAAUAAAGACAAAUAAGUAAAAAUCUAUAAUAAUAUUGUAAAAUUUAUAUCAUAUCGGGGUGACUGAAGUACUUUCGUGUAAUACUCCUUUUUGCGUUGGAGGCCUUCGGCAGCGCUUUAAAAAAAUAACCCCUGGUCGAGUGAAUACCCGGGUUGAUCGAAGUACUUUCGCAUAGUACUCCUUCAAAAAGAUAAUCCUGAUCGAGCCAACACCCGGAGUAACCUAAGCAUUUUAUCAUUUUAAUACAUAAUAUUAUUGCCUAGUUGUUUAUUAAAUUUGAAUAAGAAAAAAUCUAUAUGCAUGGAAAGAUUGUUUAUACUCAUUUUAAUUUGAAAUAUAAUGUAUAGACACACUUGUUUUUAUUAGAACUAAUAUAGAAAGAGGAACUAUAUCAAAAUAGAGAAAUUCAGCGAAUUGCUCAUAUUUGCUUAUUAUUAUAUGGCAGAUGUAACUGUAUAAUCGAGCGAAGAUGGCGGCUUGAAGCGGGGACCCUUACAGAAUGAACAAAGAAAACAACGAAAACAACACGCCAGUACAAAACCAAAAAGGACACAUGGACGACGACUUGAAUGCCUUCCGAAGACAAAGCAGAAUUUUGCGCUCGCCGCCACAGAUGGGAAAUGAGAGGGCAAUCCAAACGGUUUGCGCGGAGGAAACCGUCUCCCCUAUGCCUGGAUCAGCGGAAGCAAACAGGAAAAUGAGUAAUAGGACUCCGGCUAUCGACCGAGGCCUACGAAACGGACACAACUCUCCAAGGCAGAAAUUCAUUCGGAAGAUGAGAGCAGAAGAGGAUGAAGCCCUUUUAAAAUGUAGCGCUACCCUGAAAAAGAUGAAGCUGGCAAUGCUAAGACAGAAAAAUAUAAGUACCGAUGUAAAAAAUAGGAUAUCCGAGCUAGACGAACUCUUCGAUAUUAUCGGUAGCCUGGGCCGAAACUGGAAAAAGGCAGAAAGGGACACGAGACGCAUGCACCCAACUAGUUCCUUGGAUGCAUGCAACGAACAAGCCAAUGUUUCGACGCCAGUGACAACUCUUUCCAAACGAACGACACCAAGUCCAAUAGAACAGGAGUCAGAGAAAAGGGGGAAAAGACCCGAAAUACUGUGUGGCACGUAGUAAAAGGCAAAAGGAAACAGCAUCCAAAACGACAUCAAAGUGAAGAGCACACUCAAAGACAAAAAGAUGACAAGCUCCAGAAGCAGAAACGGGCACCCAGAACAAGAGUUCGACCAGAAGCAGUGGUAAUCAAACCGGCAGAAGGCCGGAGCUACGCGGAGGUGCUUCAAAACAUACGACAACACGUCAUGACAGACCAAGACAAAGUGGAAGUCCGAGCAAUACGGAAAACAAAAUCAGGCGCCCUGGUCUUAGAACUGAAGAAAGGAGAAAAAUCGAAACCAGAGCUUCAAAAUGCUCUCACGAGAAAUCUACGUGGUAUAGCUUCUGUAAGUGAGCUAAAGCAGAAAGCCACAAUUGAAAUCCGAGACCUCGACUCCUUACCCACCGCAGCAGAAGUCACGACCUCCGUAAGACGUAAGAAAUCACACUGACGACAAGCGCUCCAAACACUCGCGAAUUACAUCCCAGGGUCUCGGUCAUGCGAGUCGUAUAGAGAAAAAACAAGGACAUGAAGAUCUUACAGUGCAACAUGCACAGAAGCAAAACGGCUGACCAUCUCUCUCCAUCCUCCUGCCGCAACUCAUGCUGGAACUCGGAACAGAGGUAGUAAUCGUUAGCGAGCAAUACAAAAUAGCGCAAGAUGGAGCAUGGCUGGAAGACAUCACCGCAACAGCGGCAAUAUGGCAAACGGAAGGGGGUACUUUCAAAAAAACAAACAGCGGGAGAGGAAACGGGUUUGUCUGUAUAGAAAACGAAAGCAUUACGGUAAUAAGUUGCUACCUGACACCGAGCGACCUUAUCACAGACUUCCAAGCAAAGCUCGAUGCUAUAGAGGAUGCUGCACGACAAAGAAACCGUCACUUAAUCAUAGCCGGAGACUUCAACGCCAAGGCCACGGAAUGUGGCACACCAACUACAAACUCAAGGGGCCGGAAAAUUCACGACAUGGCGGCUAGAUUAGGCCUUAUCGUCGCAAAUAGGGGAUCCCAAAUUACCUUCAGAAGACCAGGGUGCAACGGCAUAACCCCCGAUAUCACGCUGGUGUCCGAAGGAUUCGCAAGCCAGCUGCACGAGUGGAAAGAUUUAGAAGACUAUACUGGUAGCGACCACUAAUACAUAUCCUACUUCAUAGGCCCAGAUAACUUACUUGAUGAAAAUGAUACGAAGCUAUCUUCAAGAUAGGAAACUACUGUACGAUACGAGUGACGACCCACAAAGUAAGGAAAUAACCUCUGGAGCAGCGCAGGGAUCAAUACUUGGACCAGAUCUAUGGAAUGCCAGCUACGAUAGAAUUUUAAACGUUGAAAUGCCUGACGAUUGCUACCUCGUUGGCUACGCAGACGAUAUCGCCGCCGUCAUAACCGCGCGUAAUACCGACAUGGCCAGGCGUCGACUGACACAAGUUAUGAUAGAUAUGGUUGGACUCACACGGCCUCAGCCUAGCUGCUGAAAAAACAGAACUGAUCCUGCUUCGCUAGGAAACAUAUCCCGCUGGAGGUAAACAUGCAAGUUCAUUCAGAAACUAUUAAAACGAUGAAAACCCUAAAAUACUUAGGAAUAAGAAUGGACAACAAAUUGACGUACUGGGCUCAAAUCCAACAUGCUGGAAAAAAACAGCCAAUAUAACCAUGGCGCUAUCAAGACUCAUGGCAAACACCGGAGGCCCACUUGAAAGUAGAAGGAAAUUGCUUAUGGACACAACACAGUCAGUGCUACUAUACGGUAGCGAAAUAUGGGCCGAUACAUUAAAUGCAGAACAUAGACGAAAAGUGCUUGCUAAAGUGCAGAGAACAGCAGCUCUGAGAGUCGCCUCGGCGUACCGCACUGUAUCCGAAUCCGCAGUGCUAGUGAUAAGCGGCGUCAUCCCAAUAGACCUUCUCGCAAAGGAGAGAAGACAACUAUGACUAUGGAAGAAAGACGGAAUAGAAAACACGGCGAGGUAAAUUACUAUAAAACACAGAUGCUGUCUGGUCACGGGUAUUACCGAAAAUACCCAUACAUGGGAAAAGCAGAAAGCCCAGCAUGUAUUUCUGGAGACGAACCACUAGACGAUGCAAACCAUACCAUUUUCAAGUGCCACCGGUGGAAAGAAGCCCGAAGGACUGUACAAAACCAACUCGGAGAACUAAGUGCGGAUCUCUUAGAAAAAAUGAUAUCUAGCAGCGAAAACUGGAAAAUAAUUGCCUCGUACGUGGAACAUGUUCUACGCACUAAAAAAAGAGACAUGGACGCGGACUCGCAAUAGAAGACGAGCCAAAUAGCUUGAUGCUGGCUACAAAAUCGUAGGCAUCCCCGGACGCAGGGAGAGUAGAAAUUGACCUGUAAUGGGUCCAUCUUGGAAACCUUGCCCUGAAGUAAUGCGAAAGCGGUCCCGGGGUAGGGGAAAAAAUUCCAUGAUAGAAGAGGGGAGUGUUUGAGUGGGUACACCACUCACGUAGGAUGACGAUCCCUAUAUGGUGCGAAGGCAUUUUAAACCCUCCUUCUUCUUUACUGGCGUAGACACCGCUUACGCUAUUAUAGCCGAGUCAACAACGGCGCGCCAGUCGUUUCUUUUCUUCGCUGGCGCCAAUUGGAUAUUCCAAGCGAAGCGAGGUCCUUCUCCACUUGGUCCUUCCAACGGAGUGGAGGUCUUCCUCUUCCUCUGCUUCCCGCGGCGGGUACUGCGUCGAGUACUUUCAGAGCUGAAGUGUUUUCAUCCAUCCGGACAACAUGACCUAGCCAGCGUAGCCGCUGUCUUUUAAUUCGCUGAACUAUGUCAAUGUCGUCGUAUAUCUCGUACAGCUCAUCGUUCCAUCGAAUGCGAUAUUCGCCGUGGCCAACGCGCAAAGGACCAUAAAUCUUUCGCAGAACUUUUCUUUCGAAAACUCGCAACGUCCUCCUUACGGCCUUAAAAAAAAAAAAACAAAAAAAAAAAAACUUGCAAGGCCAAGAGAGCACCCAUAGCAGAAUCUAGUGAUAUAUGAUGACAUGAAAAAUAACAGCCAAAAAAACUCUCAACUGAGUUGAGAGAAAAAAUUUGAGAGACUUCUUGUGAGGCAUAUUUUGUGAAGCUAUUCUUGCUCAAACCUCUUAAGUAAACAGCUUAAAAAAGUCACCACGUGUCCGAAAGGACAACUCAGGAGCAACUGCAACAUUAUGUAAUAUUUUGCAAGCAGCAUCCUGAGUUGCAAGGGGGGAAUCUAACUCCGACCAACCCUCAAGGGCUGCAAAUACUUUGGUCGGAGUUAGCAGAUACCUUAAAUGCCUUAAGAGGUCCGACUCGGUCGGCAACCAAGUGGAGGCUGUAUGUUUCACAUUAUUAAAAUAUGUUUCCAUAGUCCUUAAUGCAUUGGAAACAUCAGUUGCGAUCGCGAGCGAAUUAAUAACACUUGGGUUAUUUUAGUCAAAAAAAUAUUUUAGUUCUGCCCGGACAGCAGAACGUUCUUUAUUUCGUAAUCUUCAAAAUACAAAAGACGAAGCGUGUAUGGUUAUGCUUCUAGUUUACUAGUUGAUAGUUUCUGUAGAUACAGAUUCUAUUAUUUGUUUAGGUUUGUAUACAUAUAUGUACAUUGUCUGUUGUAUUGAUAGUCCAUUUACAAUAUUUGCUUACUUGCUAAUGAGAUAGUUUGGCGCAGUUUACAUUUUCGCACAUUCAUUUUGUUUGUUACAUUUAUGAUGCUAGGCGAGACUAUUGUUAUUGUUUGUUUAGGUUACCAGUUGAUAAUUUGUGUUUUCGAUACAAAAAUGUGAUUAAGUAACACAUGUUCCUUAACUCUCCCCUCCUUUAAAAAAGAGUAAAGGCUCCUGCCUUUUUAUACGGUUGUAGUGGUGUUCUUCUUGGUUAGGUAUUCCAUUUCUUGUUUUCGUAGUAUUUCCUCGUAACGUUUUUGUGUCAUUCGUUGUGUUUUCAAUGUUUUAUAUCUAAGUACUGCAUAAUAUAACUUAAAUGAUAAAUAUGUUAAAAUUAUUAAAAUAGCGGUUAUACUUAUUGUUAUAAGAGUUGUUUUAAUAGGGUGUUCCUCAAAAGGGAUUAUGAAUGUAUGUAAUUUUUGGAUGUUGCUAAAUUUAUAGUUAGAUUCUCCAUUCAAGAUUUCUAAUAGUUUAAUUUUAUCAUUAGAGUGUGUUUUUAUAUAUUCGUUAAUUUAUUCUUUUUGGUUAUGAUAUUCUUUACCAUCAAUUUUUAUGGUAUCAAUAAAUUGUAUUAAAUUAGUUCCAUUAAUUGUUUCAUUAUUAAUUUUGUGUUCUCCUUCGAGGAGAAUGUUUCCCUGGUUUAUCUGUAAUAGGGGGAUAUUAUUUUCUUCUAUUGUAUUACAAAGGCUUCUUGGUAUUCUAAUAUUGGUAUAGUACAAUUGUCUCGUUUGUUUUGCUUACAAAUAUAUUUACUCAUAUUAUUUUUACAUUUAGUGAUUGUUAUGAGUUUAUUAUUACAUUGUGCUAUCAAUGGGUCUAAUAUAAGUUUCCCAUGAUGAUAUUUUAGAGCAGUUAUGUCGUAGGUAUUACAUUGCUUUGAUAUGAUUGGGUAUUUAUAUGUAGUAAUGAAGGCGUUAUCUACCCUGACUAUAUGUAUUUCUGCGUAUUCUAAUAUAUCUAUAGCUGGAAGGGUUAUUUUUCCUGUAUUCAGGAUCUUUUCCAUUUCUUCUAUAUUUAUUGCACCUGAAUAAAAAUUUUUAUUUUUUGCAAAAUUUAUUGUUAUUGUUAAGUCUAACAGUUCCCUGCGUAUUUCCUGCAAUACCAUUCUUUGUUUAAUGGCUUUAAGGUUAAUUGUGUCUAAUAAUUUUUCGAAGUGUGAGUUUAUUAUUUGUUGUUUAUUAUUAUUUUUUAUGAUAUUAUUUAUUUUUUUUUUAUUUUUAUGACAUCGUCAUGGCCUGGAACUCCAGUUAUGAAGCUGAAUAUACUGCCUAGGAAAUUUAAUGCUCGUUUGUGUCUCCUUGUUAAUAACUGAUCCUUUAGUGCUUCUAUUCUUUGUAUGAGCAUCGUAUCUGGUAUUUGCUCAUUGUUGUGGUGUCCGUUUCUGGAUGUUGUUAUGGUUUCAUAAUAGUCUAAGAUUGUCGUUAAAUUUACUAUGUGGAAUAAAUAAUCUUCUUCGACGUUUGUUAUGUCGUAUGUUUGUAGCUGUUUAUGUAGUAGUAGUAUUGUUAUCAGCAAUAUCCAUAUUUGUUGUGUUGACAUUGCGUAUGUUAUCCUGUGUCCUCACGGUUUUUUUUUACUAUAUGUUUUGUAUAACGAUGACUGGAUUUAUCUCUUCUGUCUGUUUUUUCGUAGAUUAUUUGUCCUUCUUGGAAUUCUCUGUGUUUUCUUUUCUUGUUGUGGUAUUCAAGCAUAUAAUUUCGUUUCUUUUUUAUUUUUUCUGUUAUGUCAGGAUGUAGGUUCCUGUUAAAGAAUACAUCUACUGGUCUUGCUUUGGUUACUGAAUGUAGUGUCCUGUUGUAUUCUUUUACUGCCUGAAAUAUUUCUUCAUCUGCUGUACUUUCCUUAUCUGCUGCUAAUGUCCUAGCUAUUUCUAGUAUCGUCGAAUGUAACCGCUCGACUUGUGCGUUUGAUGUUGAAUGAUGCACUGCUUUCGGUACAGUUGGGGAAUAUUUGUGUGAUGACUUCUUCUAUUAUCUCGUGGAAUUGUCGCUUCGUGUCGAGUUUACGUAAGUAUGUGUAUUUAGAGUAGCGACAAAUGCUAGAUAAGUAUCUCGUGCCGCGUAUUUGGAAUAUGUCCAUUUGUAUAAAUGUGCCAGCUAAAUUGGGUGUUGGCGUUGUUCUGAUUAUGUGUUUAAUUGGUUUUCUUUCAUAUUUGUUCUUUGUACAGUUUGUACAGUGUCUGACUAUUUUUCUGUGUCUUUUCUUAGUGUUGUUAUUGGCCAAGUUUCUGUAAUUUCUUGAUAAUUAUUAUUAUUAUUUUUAGCGUUUCUGUGCGCUCUGGUAUAUGUGUAUUGUAAUAUAUUUUCUCUAUCUGUUGGGUCUGUUAUGUCUUUUAGUUUGUGUUAGGUUUCAUUAAUUUUUUUAAUGUUUCUAUUAAGUAUUCUUUUGUUUGAAAUUUAAUCGUAAACCGUUCGUAUUCGGGAAAUGGCGUGUUCGCUUCUAAGUUAUUUUCUUUAUCGUGAAUUAUUUCAAUUUGUGUUUUAAAGGAAUUAAAUGGUGCUUUCACUUGUGUUAUGUGUCUUAAUUCAGACGAUUCUGCAGAGUGCAUAGACGUAUCUGAUGUGGUAUUAAUUUGACGCGAUAGUGCAUCGGCUACGACAUUUUCUUGUCCCGGUUUAUAUUUUAAUUUCGCACCAUAUUCUUCUAUUAGAUUUUUCCAUCUUUUCAAUUUGGUGUUUGGGUUUUUUUCCGAUAUUGAAAAAAUUAAUGAUUGAUGGUCGGUGUAAAUCGUUAAAUCUGCUAUACCGUACAAGUAGUUUCUUAGUUUCUGUAAUGACCAAACUAUUGCUAACAUCUCCUUUUCAUUCGUGGAGUAAUUUUGUUCUGUUUUUGUUAGAGUUCGUGAUAUGAAUGCUACCGAGUUUUUUCCUUGGCUUAAAACUGCUCCUAUAGCGUAAUUGCUAGCGUCUGUGGUUAGGUCGAAUCCUUUUUUGAAGUUUGGUUGGUAUAAUUCGAUUUUUUCUUUUAAUAGUUUCUUUAUUGUAUUUAUAGCAUCUAGUGCAUUUUUAUCUAGUUUUAUUUUUACAUUGGAACUUUUAUUCUUUGAAAUGUUGCCGUUUUCUCCUCUCAAAUAUAUUGUCAGUGGUUUGCAUAUGUGUGCGAAGUUUUGCACGAAUUUCCUAUAAUAGGAAGCUAGGCCUAAGAAUGAGCGUAGUUCCUUUAAACUUUCAGGGGUUUUAUACCUAUCUAUUACCUCUAUUUUUUCAGGGUCUACUGUUAUUCUACCGUUUUUUAUUACGUGUCCUAAGAAUUCGGUUUGUGUUUGGAAAAACUUUGACUUUUCUUCAGAGAUUUUCAUAUUAGCGUUGUGUAAUGUUUGUACAAUUUCGGUGAUGUGCUUCAUAUGUUCUUCGGGGGAUGUUGAAUAUAUUAGGACAUCAUCGAUGUAUACGUACGCGCAUUUAUCAAUGUAUGGUCUGAGAAUGUCAUCCACGCAUCUUUGAAAUGUAGAUGGUGCAUUUUUUAAGCCGAACGGGAGUCGUAAAAAUUCAUAUUUAGCUCCGUUGAUGGAGAAGGCUGUUUUUUCCCUAUCCUCUUCCCUAAUUAGAAUUUGGUGGAACCCUGACUCUAAGUCUAGCGUCGUGAAGUAUCUUGCUUCUCCUAAGUUUUGUAGAGUCAUAUUGAUAUCUGGUAUCGGGUACCUGUCUGCGACAGUAAUUUUGUUUAACUUUUGGAAAUCUAUAACCAUUCUCUUUUUUGGUUUUCCUUCCUCAUCUAAUCCUUUUUUAGAGACUGUCCAUAUCAGGGCAUUGUAUGGGCUUUUGCUCUCUUUUAUUAUUCCGUUUGCUAAUAAUUUAUUUAUUUCCUUUUUUACGAAAUUUUGAUCCGCGUAUGGAUAUGGAUAUUGCCUAACCCAUACAGCAUCAUUAGUUUCUGUUCUAAUUUCAGCUUUUAUUGUAGUUGUAUACGGUAAGUUUUCGUUUCUAUAAUUAUUUUUCAUUAAAUCUUUUAUGCAAUUUUCGAACUGUUUCUCGCCUACUGUAUAGUUUACCUUUGCACUUUUUGAGUGAUGUGACACUUUAGUAAACGUUAUUGAAUACUUGAAAAGAUCUAUCUUUGCCUUCAUUUUCCUUAAUGAAUUUUCUCCUAACAGUAUAUCAAAGUCUUUUAAUUCAUUUAUUUCUAGAAAUUCUAAGUCGAAUCCUACUAGAUUAAUUUUUCUUUUAUGUGUUAUUUUUGAACUACCAUGAAGUGUAGUUGUAUUAAUUAUUUUUCCUAAUGGUAUACUUUGCGUAUUUAUAAUUUUUGCUUACGUAACUACUGGUUGCACCUGAAUCGAUCAGUAUGUGCACGGACUUACCAUCUGGUGCGGUUCUCUUGAGUGUUGGUAGACCGUGGUAUCUUAUAAAAAAUGUUCUUCUUCAGUGUAGUUGCUGUUUGGUUCGUUGUAGAGUGACUGGAUUUCGCUUCUUUCAUUGUUGAGUUGGUUCACUCGCUGUGCUUUGUUGUGGGCGUUAGUGACUGUUUCGUCUCUACACCUUUUGAAUUGGUUGCCAACUGUUUGGAUUGCUUGUCUGAAGGGAUUGAAGGUUGGUUGUUGUCUUGGUUGGACUGGUGAGUUGUUUGGUAGUUGUAAGUUUCUUUGAUGUGUAGGUCGUCGGAAUCGUGUUGAAGAAUCUGUUUCCAUAGGUUGUACUCUGGGCUGUUGGAUCCUUUGAGGAAAUGUGUUCCUGUUGAUUACUGUAUAAUUGUGUUGCGGAUGUGGUCGCAUCCUGGGUAUAUAUUCUAGGUGUUGAUAGUCGACAUCAUGUUGCAUAGUUCUGGCUAUAUCGUGAGCUUCUGUGAGUGAUGCACUGUAUCUGGAGUAUAAUGCGUUUUUGAUUGAGGAACUUCUAAUGCCGGAGAUGUAUGUUCUCGUGGCUUUUAAUUGUGCUUCUUUAUUAUGUGAUGCUAGGAAUGCUUCCUUUUUAUAAGUCAUUUCUAACUUUGACAGGAUCAGGUUUAACGCUUGAUUCACUUGAUCGUAGUAUUCAUGUAGUGAUAAAUUUCCUUGUUGUAACCUUCCCAUUUCAUCUUCCAGGACAUACAGUGGUCGUUGGUCGGCAUAGGUUAUGUCAAGCCGAUCGAUGAUUGCAUUAAAAUUAGUUCUGGUGUUAUUGUUAACCAGGACCUGUGAUGCACUGCCGGUUAUUUUCCCUAAAAUUAUGAGCACUGCUUGAGCAAAUAAGUUUGUUCCUCUGAAUUGCAUAAUGUUAUUCAUGUGAGUGGUCACUAUUUUUCUCCAUGGUCGAUAUUCUUUAGGAUCGCCGCUGAAUGUUCCUAUUAGUUUGAACAUGUUUAAGUCUAUCUCAUGUGCAUUAUUGUAUACACAUACGUCGUCCUCUUCCUCCGCUUGAGGAGUUAUUGUUGGAUUAGCUAGUUCCAUUGAAGCUAUUUUUCGCUGUAGUUCGGUGACUAUAGUAUGGAGUGCUUGAAUUUCGCCGUUCAUUUUUUAGGUUUUAACUUGUUAUUAAAUUUUCACUUUUUAUUUAUUUUAUUUGCGUUGAUUUGAAGGAUAAAGGUUAUCCUUUUACUUUUUAUCAGGAGCCACACGCGUAAGGAUUUUAUUCACUGAAUCCUUUUUUGAUGUGUGCCCCACGUUGGGCGCCAAUUAAUAACACUUGGGUUACCUAUUCCAGUGUGAGAGCGCCUCAAAAUAAUCGUUUUUAAUAAAAUUUUCCAUUGUGGCCAGAUUGAACAAAAUAAGAAUUAUAAGCAUUUAAAUUAAAACACCCAACAUUUAUUACGAUUGCAAAUUACUAUAUAUUGGAUUUUUAAUAUAAGGCUAAACUACUUAAAUCCUUUUAUAUGAUUUUAUGGUAUUUUGAAACAACUGACUUUCGAUCUUUCAAUACUUAAUAAUGCGAAUUAAGCCUGUUAGUUCUAAACUAUUAAAUGGUUUUAAUCAUUUGCAAUUGAAAAUUAAUUCUACUAAUCAUCAAAUUGCAAAACGUAUAAUGAAAUAUAUUUAAAUGUCGCAACACUUGAAGUUGUAGUUGAUACACAAACAGUGAACGUAAAUUAUACAAAAGGUCCAACUACGGACAAGCGUGUGAACUGUCAAAAGCUAACAAAAUGCGAUGAGCGUGUUUCACCACAGCUAGCUAAGAAGGAGAAAUUUUGACAGUGGCACGUGAACAAAGGUGAGUAUUCAAUGAAAAUUGUGCUCAGAAGCGUAUUUUUGCGAUGAUGGUAAAAGCUAAAAAUUAUAAAUUGAACAAUUUCUGAUGUUUCUUCUGUAAGGGAAAUGUGUCAAUCCCGCAAACUCGCAAAUCACAGAAGUAAGUGACAAAACUAGCAAACAUUGUUUUUGUCGAUUUAAAAUAUUUUACAAAUCUAAAAUAUUUUUCCGCGGCUCGCGUCGACAUUUAUGCCAGCUCAUACAUUAGCAUACAUAGUAUAUAUUUAGGCUGGCUUGUAGGUGAAGCUGUUACAGCGGCAAGGGAAAUUGUGACAAUCGGCGUUCGUUUAUUUGUGUUUUUCGGCACAGAUCGGAUUUUCUACAAACAGCACAACGCUUUGACGCUUUGUUGUCGCGUCAAUCCUUCGACACAUUGACUUUUUGACAAAGCGUGGGUUUCGGCCAUUGGUUGUCCGCGACAAUGGAGAUUUCGCAUGAAACAAUAAGUGUAUACGAGUACGAGUGUAGUAUAAAGUUAUGUGUGGACAAAUUUACAAACAUUAUGUGUAUGGCUUUUUGUUUUGUUCGCAUGCACACAUAAUUCUUCUUCUUUACUGGCGUAAACACCGCUUACGCGAUUACAGCCGAGUCAACAACAGCGCGCCAGUCGUUUCUUCUCUUCGCUACGUGGCGUCAAUUGGAUAUUCCAAGCGAGGCCAGGUCCUUCUCCACUUGGUCCUUCCAACGGAGUGGAGGUCUUCCUCUUCCUCUGCUUCCCGCGGCGGGUACUGCGUCGAAUACUUUCAGAGCUGGAGUGUUUUCAUCCAUCCGGACAACAUGACCUAGCCAGCGUAGCCGCUGUCUUUUAAUUCGCUGAACUAUGUCAAUGUCGUCGUAUAUCUCGUACAGCUCAUCGUUCCAUCGAACGCGAUAUUCGCCGUGGCCAACGCGCAAAGAACCAUAAAUCUUUCGCAGAACUUUUCUCUCGAAAACUCGCAACGUCGACUUAUCGAGAGAGGACUUUACUUUUCAAUUGCCUACUCAGUCCUAAGUAGCACCUGUUGGCAAGAGUAAUCCUGCGUUGGAUUUCCAGGCUGAUUAAAAUGUAUAUUGGAUGUAUUGUAGAACACUCACCACUACGUUCAAUUAAAUAAAAAUGUCCGUUUUAUUUUGUAAACAUUCCGAUCUUCAACAAGUUUAUUUAAAUUUAUUGAUUUUAUUAUACAUAUGUACAAACUCAUUAAAAUUUAUAUCGACGGGCUAGGCGGCGAUACUCCAAUUCCGGGAACGGUUUGUCACUAUUUGCCAUCAAGUGGACACGGAUCGUGAUUGAAUUUGGUAAUUGCACGAGAUUAGCGUUAGGUGUCGACCCGGCGGGCUGUAUAUGCCAAAAUUGAUGUUGGAGAAAGCUGAGGCGCGGAUUGUAAGUGGAUAUGCGACGAGUGUCUGACGAAUUGUGUCCGCUAUCCUUUUUCCCAUCCUUUUUGUUGAGUGGGUUAAUUGAUGUCGAAGUGUGGUGAGUUGUGUUGAGUGGUAUUGUAUUAUUAGUGUGGUGGCCACUUGCUGGGUGAUGUUCUCAAUUGUGGUGUGAUAUAGAGUCAUCAGCUGUGGUAAAUUAAGCUGUCUUAUUAGUGUGCGCCAGUUUUUUCGGGUAAAAGGGGUGGAUGCUUAACUCAUUUAAACAUCCUGGGCCCCCUAGGCGAAUAUUUUGCCUAGUAUAACACGUUGUUGCAUGUAUUUCGGCGUACUGCUUGUGGAGUUGCCGAGGGCUCAGAAUACAUGCUGUAAAUUCUGAAAAUGCCUUUGGUUUUAAACAUAGUUUUUUGUAUUUAUUUACCUUAGGUGUGUAUGGCAAGGAACUAUAUUUUGCGGGUUUAUCCGACUUAUUAUUAUAGUGAACAUGUGUAUGCGUUGUUUGCUCUUAUUAACUUUCUUUGCGAUUAUUUACAAUUUCUUAUUUGAUUGAUUUGGUAUAUCAUUUAUUUUUAUUUUUAUGAAAUAUAGCGUCGCCACGCCUGACUCAGAUAUGGCCAGAGUGCGUGCUCUUCAGCCUUGAGUUUUGAGCUGUGGAAUUAGAGGGUUCUUGCGAGAGAGUGGCCGGUUAUUGCGAACGGCUUCAUUAGAAUAAUAAUUUUUUAAGUGGUAUGUUUAAGUUGUACAACAGAUUCUCACCAACUACCCUUGUGAGAAGCGCUAAUGUAUGUGCGAUAAGAGCUACCUUUGCUUUUGUUAAGUCUAGGUGUGUCACUGUAUCGCAUUGGGAGUAUGGUGAUCGCUUGACUUCCUGUUGAUAUUGUAUGUAUUUUGAAAAUGUCGAUUUUUCGACUUUUUGAUACUAUUGUGUAUAUUUUUUUUUUUUUUGGACGCACUAAUUUGGCGUUUAGUAGGCCGCCACCGCUCUAGGAUUUGUUCAGAAUUAUUUUUUCAUUUUUGGCGAAAGCCAUCCUGCGGGGUCGAAAGGUUACGAACAUAUUUUUGUGUAUUUAUAUGUGGUUGUCAGAGGGAAUCUGACCUUGCUUUUUCUACCUUUAUGUGGGGCAUUGCAAAAUUGUGGCUCUAGUGGUAGUCGUACGGCGUACCGGCCAUUAUUUGAUCGAGUAUUUGAGGCUUUAGAGAAGUGCUCACAAUACUGAUCUUGUAUAGUUUUGUUUGUUAAUGGAAGUUUCCUUAACUUUUGUAAUUUCCUUAAUUGUGGAUUAAGGUAUUUGUCCCCAACUUGAGUUGGUAUGGUGGUAACUAGUUCUGUAACUAGUCCACUUUGUGUUUCGCUGUGCAGCGUUUGAACUUUAUGUGCCUUUGAGCAACAUGGUGUCUCUUGGCUAUUUUUAAAAUUUUGGUUUUCGGGAUUUGUGUUUGCAAUUAAUCCCGUGGUUCUUGAUUUAUUAGCGCUUUUAUAGGGUGAGAUGGGAUAGUUAUUUAAGUGCAACAUAGAAUGAUGCCUUUUGUGGCAAUAGAUUCAAUUAAAUUUGCUUUUGCAAUUUUUAUAUGUGUGCGCAUGUGAGAGGCAAUUUGUGCAAAGUCUUUUUGACCUGACAAAAUUAUUUCGUUCGUUAACUUUUAAGUCUUUAAACUUUUCGCAAGAUAUAAGCCUAUGCCCUCUUUUACAUAGUUCGCAUGACGUUUGUUUUUUCAGUUCGGAUGUGAACGAUUGCGUUUUGUAAAAGGUUUUGUUUGGAUUGUUUUUGUUCCUAACUUGGGGUCUAUUUAAGCUUCCAUUUUGGUCGUGUUUGUUCUUAGUUUUGAUUAUUUUUUCUUCUAACCUUUCCGCAAUUUCAUAUUGGGUGGUGAGAAAAUCUUUCAUUUGUUGCCACGUUGGGCACUUUUUUCGUGAUGAGAGCGAUUGCUCCCAUAGAAGUAACGACUUUUCUGGCAAUGCGGCGGUGCAAAUGUUUACCAGAAUUGGGUCCCAGCUGUCUGUGGGAAUAGUUAGUGUUGAUAGAAUCGACAAGCAAUUUGAAACAGUGGAUUCUAGUUUGAUGAAUUCUACACUUGUUCCUUUCUUAACUUUUGGCAAGUUUAGUAGUGUCGUUACUUGUUUAUUGACCAGUAUUCUUUCAUUUUCGUAUCUCGCUUUUAGAGCUUCCCAAGCCAAAUUGAAAUUAUCGUCAUUUAAUGCGAACUGUUUAACUAAUUCGCCUGCUUGACCUUUUGUUUUGUAUCGGAGGUGAUACAGUAUUUGUGCCUUUGAUAGUUGAGGAUGGUUGAUGUAAACAGCUGUAAACAUGUCCCGGAAGGACGGCCAUUCUUCAUAACCUCCAUAGAAUGUUUCUGUGUCACAUGGCGGCAGCUCGAGGUGGAUGCCGGAACUUGCCUUUUGACUAUCUAUUUGUGGCAGCUCUACUCUACUGUGGGGAGUAGGUGCAGUUGCUUUAAUGAGCUUUAUUUGAUCGGAGAUCAUAGCUUUUGUUUCUUCGAACUGGUCUAAGCAGUUUUCGUAUAUGGCGUAAGCAGAUAAUUUAAAAUUUUGUGGCAGAUCUGAAUCAUCAGAAUCUACAAUGGCGUCAUGAGCCGUUUGGAGGCGAGUCCAAAAAUGUUUAAGAUUUUGACCUUUUACUUCUAAUAACGAUUCCGAGUGUUCGUGAAUCGGUGAAGAGGCAAAUCUAGUGCAGUAUCUUGUUAAACUGUCACUUUCUGAAAUGAAUUUAAUAGCCUGUUUUGAGCGUAUAGCUGCUGCAGGUGUAUUAUGAUUUUUUCCGUUAUUAACCAUUUUUGCGAAAUAAUAUUAUUUAUUUAUUUUAUUUUAGCUUUAAGUUUGAAAAUAUCCGCACUUUUACUUUAUUACCACCUUUUACGUCCUUAUGUUAGUAUUUAGGUGCACCCUAAUACUUGGACUUGUGUGUAUGUAAGUAUGUAUGUGCUUAUGAAGGUACUUAGUAUGUUUUGUGCAAUUGAGAGCUCGCUGAGGAGAUCAAUGCGCUAUGUAUAUAGGUAUACGAAUUGUUAGUGUGCUAAUGAUUAUGGUUUUGUUCUUAGGCAAUUGAGAGCUCGUUAGAGAGAUCAAUUCGCUUUGUGCCUAAGUAUGCACGAAUUGUUUGUUAUGCUUUGUUCGUAAGCAAUUGAGAGCUCGCUAGAGAGAUCAAUUAGCUUUUUGUCCACAAUCCUGCUUGCUUUUGUUUGCCAAAGAACAAGAGGUAUUGCUGGAUAAUUGCAAAUGUGGACUUUGAAGUUUUGGUUUUUUUGCGAUUUUGUGUUUUUCGUCACAGGCAGAUUUUGUCGUAUGUUUGUAUGUAAGUUAUGAUAUAUAUAUAUAUAUAUUUUUUUUUUUGAAAAAGUGAGAGCGAGAUUUAAAAUGGAAUGUAAAUAGUUACAAAUAUAUGUAUGUAUGUAUAUUAAAAUUUAGUAUAGAAAGGUAAGAAGAUUUGCAUAUGUGUAUACGAGUAUAUUGUAUUUUUGUUGAUAAUAAAUCAAUCUUUGUGCUUUUUGUAAUUUAUAUUUAUUACACAUAUGUUUAUAGCAUAUAUGUUAUGAAUAUAUGUAUGUAUGUAUGGAUGUUUGAGUUUUUUUUUUUUUUUUUGUUUUGUUUUCUAUGCUAUUUAAUACUAAUUUUGCCUUUGCCCGUAUAUAUGUAAUUCUGGUUACUGCUUUGUUAACCAGAAGGGGUUUGAGGGAAAUUUUCGCAAGUAACUGCUUGAUUUCCUUAAUUUUUGUGUUUUGUUUUUGUUUUUUUUUGUUAGUAAAUGUGUUUGAAUACGCGAAGGUAAAUUAUUACAUGGGCAAUAAAUUAAUAUUAUUUCUUUAGCAUAUGUACAUGUAUAUAUUGAUGUAUACGUUAUACCAAACUGUGGUCGGUUUUUCCCGCAAAGUAAACUCAAAAGAGCAGUUUGGUAACCGUUUUUCCGCUGUUAAAACGGAUUUUAUAAGAGCAUAUAAAUCGUAUUUUCACAUCCAUAUAUAUGUGCUUUAAAAUAGAUUUAAUGAAAUGAAAUAAAUACGCUCACUUGGUUACAUCAAGGGCUUUGUAGUUGUAUAUAUGUAUGUGCUCCUCUCCGAACCGUUUCCAGCUGAUUUGUCUGUUCGCCUUGUUGCGAUUCCUGUGCUCCAGCUGGAUACCUCCUCGUGCUGUCGUUUUGUUGUAUGUAUGUAUUAUUUGUAUAUUUGUUUUAAUGUUCGCGCCCGUUUCUUUCGUUUUUGUUUGUUUUUAUUUACAUAUCUUUUGCUAUAAAUUUUCGCGCCGAUUGUCUUUGUCUUUGGUGGUUUUUAUUGUUUUUUGUUUGUUGAAAUUGUUUAUAUUGUUAUUGUUUUGUUUUCUUGUAAUAUAUAUAUGUAUAUAUUUUUGUAAAUAUGUUUGUAUUUUUAGGUAUAUUUUUUUUUGUUUGGCACACUACACUUUUUCUUUUCAAGCUUUCUUCUUUUUUUUUUGUUCGCCACUGCUCUUUUUGUUUUUCAAUCUUAGCGCUUUUUUGUUUGUUUGUCUAUUUGUUGUACAUGUUACAAAUGUAUGUAAAGUUAUUAGUUAUUUUUUAUUGUCACUUCACCGCACUUUAUUUAUUUAAAUCUUUUAGCAAACGUCUAAUGUCUAUAUGUUUUCUGUUCGCAGACCUCUUUUGAUUGUUCAGUAUUGUUUUUAUUAGGGUCACUGCACUUGUGCGUAUUUUUUUUUUCUUCACUGCACCUUGUUCAGGUUGUUUUUUUUUUUUUUGUUUUUGUUCGCCACUGCACUGAUUUUUUUACUUUGUGUCACCACAAUAGUUUUAACACACAAUUAAAUAUUGUUAUUCUUAAUAAUUUUAGAAUCCGAAGGUGCCUAUCGGUAAGGCUCGAAGGACCAUGAUUAAAAUGUAUAUUGGAUGUAUUGUAGAACACUCACCACUACGUUCAAUUAAAUAAAAAUGUCCGUUUUAUUUUGUAAACAUUCCGAUCUUCAACAAGUUUAUUUAAAUUUAUUGAUUUUAUUAUACAUAUGUACAAACUCAUUAAAAUUUAUAUCGACGGGCUAGGCGGCGAUACUCCAAUUCCGGGAACGGUUUGUCACUAUUUGCCAUCAAGUGGACACGGAUCGUGAUUGAAUUUGGUAAUUGCACGAGAUUAGCGUUAGGUGUCGACUCGGCGGGCUGUAUAUGCCAAAAUUGAUGUUGGAGAAAGCUGAGGCGCGGAUUGUAAGUGGAUAUGCGACGAGUGUCUGACGAAUUGUGUCCGCUAUCCUUUUUCCCAUCCUUUUUGUUGAGUGGGUUAAUUGAUGUCGAAGUGUGGUGAGUUGUGUUGAGUGGUAUUGUAUUAUUAGUGUGGUGGCCACUUGCUGGGUGAUGUUCUCAAUUGUGGUGUGAUAUAGAGUCAUCAGCUGUGGUAAAUUAAGCUGUCUUAUUAGUGUGCGCCAGUUUCUUCGGGUAAAAGGGGUGGAUGCUUAACUCAUUUAAACACAGGCUGACAUUGUUGGUGGUGUUAAUGCUGGUUCCUAAAUGGACGAAAUUAUCUACAACUUCAAAGUUAUGACUGUCAACAGUGACGUGGGAGCCAAGUCGCGAGUGCGUCGACUGUUUGUUUGAUGACAGAAGAUAUUUCGUCUUGCCCUCGUUCACUGCCAGACCCAUUUGCGUUGCUUCCUUGUUCAGUCUGGAGAAAGCAGAAAUAACGGCGCGGAUGUUGUGGCCGAUGAUAUCAAUAUCAUCGGCAAACGCCAGCAGCUGUACACUCUUAUAAAAGAUUGUACCUGCUCGAUUAAGUUAUGCAGCUCGAAUAAUUUUCUCCAGCAGCAGAUUGAAAAAGUCGCACGAUAGAGAGUCUCCUUGUCUGAAACCUCGUUUGGUAUCGAACGGCUCGGAGAGGUCCUUCCCGAUCCUGAUGGAGCUUUUCGUGUUGCUCAAAGUCAGUUUACACAGCCGUAUUAGUUUUGCGGGGAUACCAAAUUCAGACAUCGCGGCAUAAAGGCAGCUCCUUUUCGUGCUGUCGAAAGCAGCUUUGAAAUCGACGAAUAGGUGGUGAGUGUCGAUUCUCCUUUCAAGGGUCUUUUCCAAGAUUUGGUGCAUGGUGAAUAUCUGGUCGGUUUUCAUUUACCAGGUCUGAAGUCACACUAAUAAGGUCCAAUCAGUUUGUUGACGGUGGGCUUUAAUCUUUCACACAAUACGCUCGAUAGAACCUUGUACGCGAUGUUGAGGAGGCUUGUCCCACGGUAGUUGGCGUAGAUUGUAGGGUCUCCUUUUUUAUGGAUUGGGCAUAGCACACUUAAAUUCCAAUCCUUGGGCAUGCUUUCAUCCGACCAUAUUUUGCAAAGAAGCUGAUGCAUGCUCCUUAUCAGUUCUUCGCCGCCGUGUUUGAAUAGCUCGGCCGGCAAUCCGUCGGCCUCUGCCGCUUUGUUGUUCUUCAGGCGGGCAAUUGCUAUUCGAACUUCUUCAUGGCCGGGUAAUGGAACGCCUGCUCCAUCGUCAUCGAUUGGGGGAUCGGGUUCGCCUUCUUGUAGUGUUAUGUGUUCACUGCCAUUCAGCAGGCUGGAGAAGUGUUCCCUCCAUAAUCUAUGUAUGCUCUGGGCAUCGGUGGCUAGAGCACCUUUGGGGGUUCUACAGGCGUAUGCUCCGGUCUUGAAACCUUCUGUAAGCCGCCGCAUUUUUUCGUAGAAUUUUCGAGCAUUACCCCUGUCGGCCAGCUUAUCAAGCUGUUCGUACUCACGUAUUUCGGCCUCUUUCUUUUACUGUCUGCAAAUGCGUCUGCUUCCCUCUUCAACUCUCGGUAUCUAUCUCAUCACGCACGUGUUGUGGUCGAUCGUAACGUUGCGAGGUAGGCAGCCUGUUUUCUCUCCACUGCGACACGGCACUCCUCGUCGUACCAGCUGUUCCUUUGCACUUUCCGAAAACCAAUGGUUUCGGUUGCAGCUGUAAGUAAGGAGUUUGAGUUGUUGACGAGUGCUCUCAGAGAGCAGGAGUGCAAGCCGAGUGGAAAAUCUUUCUGCUGUCUGUUGUGAUUGCAGCUUCUCGACGUCGAACCUUCCUUGUGUUUGUUGGCGUGCGUUUUUUGCUGCACAGAGGCGAGUGCGAAUUUGGGCUGCAACAAUAUAGUGGUCCGAGUUGAUGUUAGGACCUCGGAGCGCACGCACAUCUAAAACACUGGAGACGUGUCUUCCGUCUAUCACAACAUGAUCGAUCUGGUUGGUGGUUUUUCGAUCCGGAGACAGCCAGGUAGCUUGAUGUAUCUUCUUAUGCUGGAAUCUAGUACUACAGAUAACCAUAAUUCGGCCCCGGCGAAGUCGAUCAACCUCAACCCAUUUGGGGAUGUUUCCUCGUGGAGGCUGAAUUUACCGACCGUAGUGCCAAAGAUACCUUCUUUGCCCACCCUGGCGUUAAAGUCGCCAAGCACUAUUUUGACAUCGUGGCGGGGGCAUCUCUCAUAAGUGCGCUCCAAGCACUCAUGAAAAGCAUCUUUGGUCACAUUGUCCUUCUCUUCCGUCGGGGCGUGGGCGCAAAUCAGCGAUUUGUUGAAGAACCUCACUUUGAUGCGGAUUGUGGCUAGACGUUCAUUCUCCGGAGUGAAUGAUAGUACUCGGCGGCGGAGUCUCUCUCCCACCACGAAUCCAACACCAAACUUGCGCUCCUUUAUAUGGCCACUGUAGUAAAUGUCACAAGGACCUACUCGUCUCUGUCCUUGUCCCGUCCAUCGCAUUUCUUGGACGGCGGUGAUGUCAGCCUUUAUCUUUACGAGGACAUCUACCAGCUGGGCAGCGGCACCUUCUCAAUUAAGGGACCGGACAUUCCAGGUGCAUGCCCUCAAAUCAUAGUCCUUAUUUCGUUUGCCAUGGUCGUCAUCAAAAGGGGGGUCUCUCAUCCGAGGCUGUGUUUGCUUUUUCAUUGGGGGUGUUUUUUUACGUGGCGGGUCCCAAACCCAGCGCACAACCCUAUGCAGGGGAUAUUUCGCCUUCUCACUUUAGCUCGCCUUCAAACGGAUGUUCUUAGGCUACCCAGAGGAUACUUGGUCAAGGACCGGAAGUCGUAAGCUGCUUGAGUGAUAUGUAAAAUAAUCGUUUCUGGCCACUCCCAAGUGAAUGGCGAUCAGAGAACUUCCCUCACUUGCGUGAACUUCUACACAUGACUCCAUCCUCCAUAAUUGUAUACGUGAAUAUGUGCGACCGCUUGGUCUUUUAACAUGUUAUCAAAACUUUUAAAGGCCUGCAAAUAAUACAUAAGGUAACAACAUAAACAUGAAUUUAUUAUAUAUUUCAAUGCCAGCUACUUGAUUUGGCAUAGGCGAAACAGGAUGGCUAGACAUCGAUAAACCGUUAAAUUUCCUGAAUUUACAAAAUAUAUAUUAAUUGAAAUAAUAAAUUAUAUAAUUUAACAAGUAACAAGUUACAGAUAAUUACUCCACCUUUUUCUGAAACAUAUGACGAAUAUUUAAAUGCUGAGGGUAGAAAUUUAAAAAGUAGCGAAGUUGAGGUUAGUUGAAAAUGUAUGAAAAAAUUUAAAACUGUCCCGACGUAAAAUAUGCUGAGUGAAACUUAGCUCAAUUCAAACCCACAGAGGCAUCAAAAGCUUAAUGACAGGCGUUGCACAAAGCUAGACUUUCGCUGAGAUACGUUUACCUACUUAUUGUGCUGAACAAAACGUUUCAUCUUCAACAAUAGAUCCCCUGAUAACCAAAAGUUUUGACGAUUUCAAUGUUGUGAAGAAUGUAGCCGGCCGAACUAAAACAACAUCAUGUCGUGGGCAAAUCUCAAUUUAAAUUCAUUUCACAACUAAUGAUAUGUUUCACCAUAAUGAGAGUACAGACUGCUUCACGACAAAAAUUUUGAGUCUGGAGACUACGGGAAAAUGAUAAUUUUUUUUUUUGGAAUGUAUGGAUAUAGUUAAUGGUGAAGUGAAACAGAGGGAACAGAGAAAUUUUAUUUUUUUUUUAACGAACGCCAAUUAAUAAACAGAAUUUUUGCUUGGAUUCAGUGCGGAUGGUGCAAGCGUGGUAAUUGGCAUAAAAAAAAUCAAGAAUAACCCAAAAAGAAUCGUGUUAUUUGAAAAAAUCUAAAAUAUAUUUGAUCUAUAACCACGUUAGUUUUAGAGGCUGUAGUUCUACGUGUUUUAAAAAUUAUAUGUAGAAAAAAUUUAUUCAAUCAAGCGCAUAAAUGAAAGUUUAAAAAGCUGUAUUAAAAUAGUUUUUGAAAUUUCAUUUGAGGGCUACAAGUUCGGUAAAUAUGCUUUCAGAGCGAAUCGCCACAAAUUCACGUUUUAAAUGAAGAACAGUACAACAAAACCCAGACUUUUAUUAAUUAUUUAAUUAUUUCGGUUUUUCUUACCAAGUUGUCGCUAUAAGCUCUUUAAAUCUAUAAAUUGAUGCAGGUUAUAUCAAACUUAUUGAUGAAAUCUAUUUCGGGGCGGAAGUUCUCGAAGAAGAUGGAAUUAAAAACAAAAUUGCGACAAGGCUUACAUUCAAAAAUAACUGCUUAGGAUUCUAUAUACAUAACUGGCAAAAAUCCGAUAUCUUUGUCGCAGCGAUUAGAAGGAACCAUUGGAAGGAGGAAAUCCUCCUGAUUAAAAAAUAAAUACGCUUAGUUUACGAGACAUUCGACCUCAAAGUUGAAAAAUUCCAAAAUUUGCAACUUUUCAACAAGCUAUUCACUACAUUUAACACACUUUAUCCCCAUUUUUCAUUUCAAAUUAAUUAAACUAAAAUGUAAAUAUUUAAACAAAUUCACAUUUUACACUUUUUGCAGGUUUGUUAAGUAAGGAAUAUAAAGUUUACUUUUUACACUCGUAGUUGUCAUCCUUUAUGUGCUAACAGUUAUGAGGAAAUAGGCACUGCCAUACGAUAAUAAGCAAAUAUGAACAAUUCGCUGAAAUACCUCUGUUUCGAUAAAAUUCACUUUUCUUUAUUUACCAAUCUUAGUUCUAAUAAAAAAAUGCUUACAGAUUAUUUUUCAAAAUAAAAGGAGUAUAAACACUCCUUCCUUAAUAAAAUAAUAAAUGUUCUGUUAGUAUGUUUUUGUAGAGCGCGGUCGAAGGCCGCCAACGCAGAAAGUAGUACUGCGCGAAAGUACUUCAGUGACCUCGAGUGUUGGCUUGACCAGAGUUAUUUUUGUAGAGCGCGCCCGAAGGCCGCCAACGCUGAAAGGAGCACGUCACAUAUUCAAUUGUAUAGAAUACGAGUAUAUACUUAUGUCUAUUUAUAGUUAAGGAGUUAGGUGGGUUUCAGAGGCUGAAAAUAAGUGUAUUUUCAUAAUUUUUUUUUUAUAUAUAUAAUAAUAUAUUUCAUUCAAACAAUUCAGCAUAUCGGAGGUACAUUUCGUGAAAUUUUCAUGUAAAAAUUCUGAAAACUCAGCCGUUGACAACUCAUCUCCCGUGACGUCUCAAAAAAAAGUGAUCUUGCCGUGGACGUCAUAACUCAUAAUUGGAUUAUCUAAAAAGACCAAAAAUAUUUCGUUAGUACAUGCAUAAAUCUCCUUACUGAACGAAGAAAAAGUAAUAAUAUUGAAAUAUUAACCCCUUAAUAAAUAAAAAAGAAUCACGCAAAAAUACAAACAAAGAAAAGGCUGUCGUUGAAAAAUAUUCAUAUUUGGUUGUUAAGAGGUGGCAACGUUCGUUUUCCUCAUAAUUGUAAACAAUCUAACCUUUUCAACGAUGGGUGUGCUAAGUGAAUUUUCAAUUAUUAAAUUUAGCUAAAAGAAAACAAAAUUAAAGUGAAAAGUGAAAUCAAUGCAAUGUCUCAAUACACAAAGUGAAAAAUGUAGUUAAAUUUUGCGAAAUAUCAUGUGUUAUUUAUACAAUUUUUAAAAUUUUUAAACGCGAAUAUUUUAAAACAUAUAAUUGUAAGGAACAUUAUUUUUUUAUAUUCCUCCUCUGGAGAAGCUCCCCUAUCAGCACAUAUCCCAUAUAUGUAUACCGAAAUUCGUUUUCAGUCAGCGACACCCAAAGUAAUCGGCAUCGUGCCACAUAACUUUAUCUACAGAAAUAUUACAAAGAUUUUGUAAUAUAUCUUGUGCCGGAAUCUAGUUCAAGUAACAGCCAUAUUUAAAGCUGCGGUAAGGUCGAUCAGUUCAUAAUGAGAUGAGUUGUUUCCAAUUAUUUUUUAAAUGGAGUAUGACUCGAAUGGGAUGUAGGGCAGGUCGCCUCUAAGUUGGUGCAUCCUGGGUAACGCUAAAUGAGCUGCGGCCUUCACGGUCUAACAACUCCCUGGACGACUUUGGCUUUGGACUGGUUUUUGAGAAACUUUUUAUUGGAUUUGGUAGAACCCUGGGCUGGUGGUGGCGGCAUUCUGACACCUGAGUACGAUGAGGUGACACUCAUCAGAAAUGGCUGACAGGCUAAUGUCGCAACUGCCCCCGUCCCGUUAAAACCCUGGCAGGCCUCAGAGUACGUUCCCCCCCCCCGUCGCCGUUAAGUUGGCGUGGUAGGUGUAUGUUGAGAUGACUCCUUCUUUGCGCUGGUCGGCUCUGAACGUAUUGCCUCAUAAGGGCGUACGUCAACCCUCGUUAUCGAGACAACCUUGGGACCAUAAAAGGCGAAUACCUUCCGGGGGACGGACAGCGGCUCUGAGUGGAGACCCGUUUUGCAUGGAAAAUUUCAAAAAUUUAAAAAAUGACAAAACUGACGGAAGAACGACAAGGGGAGGUGAAGGGCUGUCGAAAUCGGCACCUAGAUCCAACCCAGGAGGGGAUGCUGCGCCUAUGGCGACGAAACCGUCGCCGAGUAUUGGCAGCAUUACGACAAAGGCUCCAGUAGGUGUCUCCUCAGGUAGCAGGCUGGGGGUAACCGGCGCUAAACCGCCGGCAACAGAAGUAGCGAAGGGUGGAUCCAUCAUACGCGGCGGAAUCGCCAGCACUAGCAGGGGAACCUCAGCUAAAGUUGUGAAGGGAUCCACAGGGGGAAAAAGCAAAGCAGCUUUAGCUAGAAAGCUAAAGUCUGACCGUCGGUUGGCGGCCAAAAUCGUGGAACGCUACGGUGACAAGCAUGUUGGUCAGGUUUCUGAGCAACAUGCUAGUACACUUGAGUGGGCCAAGAAAGUGCUGAGCAAGGACGUUAGGGUAGGACUGGAAACUAACAGGACAGAACCGGCGGUCAAGCGACAGAGGUCGCACGAGGGAGAAACCUCCCUUGUUAAGAAACAGCGAACAGGAAAGGCGCCAACCUUUAGCGAAAUCGCUAAGGGCGCUAGGACCAAAGUACUGGGGGUGGUCGACAGUAGUAGGGAGGACGGAGCCAUCUCCCAUGAUGAAUGGAAGAGGGUAGCGGCGGCUAUCUCAUCGUUGUUCCUAAGGGUGGUCAAGGAAAACCCGGGGCCACCCCCGAAGUGUGUGAGUGCCGGUUGGCACCAGGGGCUGCACAAGCUCACAAGUUGUGCUGACGAGAGAUCGGCCUCCUUAUACAAGAAGGCAGUCUCUCAGGUGGGGGAGGUCUGGAAGGGAACCAGACUGGAGGCCGCGGCCAAAGAGGAUCUUCCUCUUCGUCCUAGGGCUCGCGUUUGGCUGCCGGCCGAACCUUCCAAUCCAAGUGAGAUUGAGGAAAUCCUCAGAUAUUGUAAUCCCUCACUUCCGACGCAGGACUGGAGAGUUUUAAGGCUGGAGAGGACUGAUGAGCCGUAUCGGCAAGUGCUGAUAAUGCUAAACGCGGAAUCCAUCGGUCCUCUCAGCAAAACAAAGGGAGCCAUAAGCUAUGGUUUUGAGAUGGUAGUGCUGAAAGUACUUCCAUCUGAUGCCAGGGCUGAUGGCCCCCAAGCUGCUGUGGCUGCGACGGAUGAAACAAGGGGUACUGACGGUCAAACGACCGUGGAAAUUGAUGCGUCAGGGGGCGCCGACGGCCAAAUGGCCGUGGAAGUGGUCGAUCCGAGUCUCUCGGAUGUGGCGAGAGUUGGGGGCGGUUCGUCGAUUGGCGACUCCGUCUUCAGCCUCGAACAACUGUUUGAGGAAGUUCGGGUCGAUCACGACUUGGGCGCUGAAAUGGCGCUCCUGGAGGAAAGUCUGAAAGAUGAAAUUCCUCCAAAUUAA